CACAGCAGCUGACUAGCAGAGCUGAGAGCAGCAGCACAAUAAUAAUCGGGUCGCCCACACCCCUAGUCCUCGCUCCCACACCCGUACGCUUCGCCGCGCGUCGCUUUUGCCACCCAUACGCCAGCGCCACCGGCCGACGUCGCGGGAUUCGCCGGGGACGCCACGCCACCGGCCGCAGGCGACCAGGCAGACGAGGAGGAGGGUGGUGUUGGUAGGGUGGGGGCGGCGCUGGGUGGCCGACGCCGCGGGAGAUGAAGGCCAAGGCCCUCCCCUUCAUCGCCUUCGAGCACAAGCGAGACGCCUAUGGCUUCGCCGUGCGCCCACAACACCUGCAGCGGUACAGAGAGUAUGCAAACAUCUACAAGGAGGAGGAAGAGGAAAGGUCCGACAGAUGGAAGAAUUUUCUGGAUCGGCAGGCUGAGGAUGGAGAAUCAUCUGGAGAGGAUGCCAAGGUUGCACCAUCCAACGAGGAUGAAGGAGCUGCUGGCAAGAAUGCCAGGACAGAGCCAAGACCACAUAAGAUCCAAAUAUGGUCUGAAAUCAGGCCCUCUUUGGGCCAUAUUGAGGAGAUGAUGAACUCACGUGUGAAGAAGAAGCAAUCUUCUGUUAACGAGGGGUAUACGAGGGAUGAACCUCGCCCUGAUAAUUCUGAAGAGAGCAAGCCGUCGGAGGAUUCUGAUGAUGAGUUCUAUGAUGUAGAGAAGGUUGAUCCUAGCCAAGAAGUGCCUGCAACUGACAUAGCCAAUGCUGACUCAGGUACAAAUAAAGGUGCAGAUCAAGAAGAACAUUAUCCUUGGAAAGAAGAAUUAGAAUGCUUAGUCCGUGAUGGGCUUCCAAUGGCUCUGAGAGGAGAGCUAUGGCAAGCUUUUAUUGGUAUUGGAGCUCGUCGGGUUAAAGGGUACUAUGAGGGCCUCCUUGCAGCGGAUGGUGAAAGAGAAGACAACAAAUGUUCUGAUUCUCCAACUACAGAAUGUGCUGAUGGCAAACCGAAAGCAUCUCAACCAUUUUCUUCUGAAAAAUGGAAAGGGCAAAUAGAGAAGGAUUUGCCUAGAACAUUUCCAGGACACCCUGCCCUUGAUGAGGAUGGCAGAAAUGCCUUAAGACGCUUGCUCACAGCUUAUGCUCGACAUAAUCCAUCAGUUGGUUACUGCCAAGCAAUGAACUUCUUUGCUGGUUUGCUACUUCUAUUGAUGACAGAGGAGAAUGCAUUUUGGGCAUUGACAGGCAUUAUGGAUGACUAUUUUGAUGGUUACUUCUCUGAAGAAAUGAUCGAAUCUCAGGUGGAUCAGCUUGUUUUAGAGGAGUUAGUCCGAGAGAGAUUCCCAAAGUUAGUAAAUCAUCUUGAUUACCUUGGUGUACAAGUUGCGUGGGUCACUGGUCCAUGGUUCCUAUCUAUUUUUAUGAACAUGCUUCCCUGGGAAAGUGUGCUUCGUGUGUGGGAUGUUCUUCUCUUUGAGGGAAACCGUGUGAUGCUGUUCCGGACAGCCCUUGCACUGAUGGAGUUGUAUGGUCCUGCACUUGUGACAACAAAAGAUGCUGGGGAUGCAGUAACCCUUUUGCAGUCUUUAGCUGGUUCCACUUUUGACAGUAGCCAGCUUGUUUUAACAGCUUGCAUGGGAUAUCAAGCUGUAGGUGAAGCAAGACUGCAAGAAUUGAGGAAUAAACACCGACCAUCUGUUAUCUCUUCAAUGGAACAGAGAGCAAAAGGUCUUCGUGUCUGGAGGGACACCAACAGUCUUGCAUCUAAGCUAUAUAAUUUCAAGCGUGACACUGAACCAUUGGUGUCGUUAUCAGAAGAACAGUCAAAUGAUUUAAAAGAUGGUGAUAAGAACCAAGAAGCCAAUUCUAAUAAUGUGGAUGAUAUGUAUCAUGGCCUCACUGUCAACUCUGAGAUUGACUCUCUGCCUGAUCCUAAAGACCAGGUAGUCUGGCUGAAGGGUGAGCUGUGCCAACUGCUAGAGGAGAGAAGAUCAGCUGUUCUGAGGGCUGAUGAAUUAGAGACAGCACUUAUGGAGAUGGUUAAGCAAGAUAACAGAAGAGAAUUAAGUGCAAAGGUUGAGCAAUUGGAACAAGAGUUAUCCGAGCUAAGGCAAGCUCUAUCAGACAAGCAGGAACAGGAACAAGCAAUGCUUCAGGUUCUGAUGCGUGUAGAGCAAGAGCAGAAAGUCACAGAGGAUGCCCGUAUCUGUGCGGAGCAAGAUGCUGCUGCUCAAAAAUAUGCUGCACAUAUACUCCAGGAGAAGUACGAGGAAGCUAUGGCUUCACUUACGCAAAUGGAGAACAGAGCAGUUAUGGCAGAAACUAUGUUAGAGGCAACCAUUCAGUACCAAUCUAGUCAGCAGAAAGCACAGCUGCCAUCACCCUCUCCUUCUCCAAGGACCUCAACUCGAGAUGCAUCACCAGGCCAAGGGAACCAAGAUUCAUCACAGGAGUUCCAGCCUAGAAGGAUAAGUUUGCUUGCCCCAUUUUCCCUUGGAUGGCGAGACAAGAACAAGGGCAAGCAGAACGGCACUGAUGAGUCAACAAACGGUAAGCUCAAUAAUAACACCGAUCAAGGGGUUGAAACACCCAAAAAGGACGAUGAAAAGAAAGGUGAUUCACCAAAAGAGGACUCACCAAAAGAGGGUGAACAGAUGAUCCAAACACCCCAAAGAGACAGCGAGCCCAGAUUAGAGACGCCCAAGAUGGAUAGUGAGCCACCAAGUGUCGAAACGACGACAAGCAAUAUGAAUGGGCAGGAAGACCAGUUGGAGGAAAUAAAAUUGGAUUGACAUCCUGUGGCUGGUCUUCACCAAUGUUGCUGAGUCACAACAUAAGGUGCCAUUAAAUUAUGUAUUGGUGUAUUCAUUUUCCCCUCCUUUGUACCUCUUUUCUUUUAGGUUUAUAGAUUCUUUGAACCAUAACCUGAGGGGAGAGAAUGAAUAAGUUAUGUUUGCCUGUUAUAGCUUUGUUGAUCGCCUGUAAGUUAUCAGUACACAUGGAAAAGACUUACCAAAUAGAAGAUUAUCACAAAAGCAA